AUGGCUCAUUCUACAAAUUCUGAUUCUGAUUUUGUAUCAACAGCUGUUCCAACUAAAAUAGUGCAAACAAAUGCAACUGUAAGAAAAACAGGGAAAGAAAUCUAUAUCGAUAUAGAUUCAACAAGUCAAGAUAGGGUUAAAAAAGCUAAAAAUACAAAAAAGAAGAAAAUACUUGAAAAGAAAAAAAGACACUAUGUUUCAGAUUCUUCAUCUUUACAGUCAAAGACAUCAGAGUCAGAGACAUCCACAACAGAGAGUGAUGAAUAUGAUGAUGAAUCUGAUGAAGAAAUCUAUGUAAAAAAGAGAACCGGUGAUAGAAAAUAUGUUGAAGGAGUGACAAAGAUUAAAAAAGCAAAAAGGAAGAGGAAUAGUAGGGACAAUCGUGCAGCAAUAAAAAAACAAAAAACUGUGAAAGAGCAAAAGACUGUGAAAGAUAUAUUGAAGGAGUUGCCUUCAAUAAACACCAGAUCAACACCUGGAUUGAUGACAGAUGCUGUAAGUUCUUUGACAUCAGAACAAAAAGAUUGGGUGAAACGGAUGGGAUUUAAAGCCUUUUUAAAGAUCAACAUUAAGAGUAUUCCCUUAAAACUUUGCCAUUUUGUGCUUAAGCAUUACGAUGAAGGCACAAACAAUAUUCUGAUUAAAGGAAAAAGAAUAAAGAUCACAAAGGAAAAAAUUCAUAAAGUGUUUGGUUUACCCAAAACUGGAAAAAGCUUAUUUGAUUUGCACAAGGUUAGUGAAGAUCAUCAAGUGUUUGAUGGAUGGAUGAAGGAACUUGAAGACGGAAAGGCAAAUGCAACAAACUACAAGAAGAUUAUUCAAAAAUCCAAACAAGUGGAUAUGAAUUUCAAGCUGGGUUUCAUAGCUUUAUUUGUUAAUACGUUUGCAGAAUCCAUUCUUAUGGGGACAAACAACUUAGUUCCAGUUAGAGCACUUGUUGAAGUAGAUGACAUUUCUAAAAUCGAUUGGUGUGCAUAUUUGUUGUACUGUGUGAAAAAAUCAAAAGGGAGAUGGCAUCCAGACAACCCCAAGUGUUAUUAUAUAGGCCCGAUGUUGUUGCUAUUGCUAAUUUACUGUGAUGAAAUUGAAUGCAAGCUCCAAAAAAUAGAACGUAAAACACCAUUAGUUACGAUGUGGACAGCAGAUAAGUUGAAGGAAAGACAAUCUUUUGAGAUUGAAGCUGGUGGAUUUGGGGUUGGGAAUCUAAUUGAAUAA